ACAGUUCCUAACUUAGACCUGAACGGCCUGGCGAGAGUGAAAAAUGACGCGAACCUUACUUCACAUACGACUCAGGCCUCCUGAUUACCUAUAAUGUUUCGUUUAAGCAGCAGCUAUAGCUUUCUCCCGAAGAUAUCCUUUAGUUCACCGAGGCCAGACAACGGUUUGUUCAAUCGAAGCAAUCUCAAAAUGACGAUGAGUUCGCCUACUAGCUCAUUUGAUGGUGAACGGUUCGGCCAUGCCCUAGUGCUCUUGACUCGAUGGCCCACCACUGGCUGGAUGUUAAAUACGAACCUCGUUGGCUACGGGGUGCUUUUUGCCACGGCUUUCCCGCUUUUAUUAGCUCUCUACAACUAUUACCUGCAUCCCGUAGCACAUGUUAGAGGCCCUUUCAUUGCCGCCGUAUCCCCAAUCUGGCUCAUUAAAUCUGUGUCGAAACAUCGACUAAACAAUGACAUCGAGCGAGUUCACGCAGAGUAUGGACCCGUUGUUCGAAUCGGCCCCAACGAACUAUCAUUUGCAACCGAGGAGGCCCUCAAGACAAUCCAUAACCCUGGGCCGGACAGUGGAUACUUCACGAAGGAGGGGACGAUUGAGGCGCUUCUUGGAAUCCUCAUCUGGGCCGCGCCAAACCUUCUCACAACCACUCAAAGGACGGCACACAAACGGCUAAGAGCCGCGUUGCAACCUGCUUUCACGGCGAAGGCAUUGAUGGAACAGGAAGAAAUUGUCCAGCACCACGUUGACAGGGCUGUAGAGAGGCUUGGUGCAAAACUGACCGAGCAAACGACCGUCAGCAUCAGCGAUCAUGUCGGGAAAAUGAUUUGGAACAUCGUUGGUGACCUGUCUUUUGGAGAGCCACUGCUGCAUGACCAGAUGAGCGCUUAUGAGAAGCUGAAGUUCACUUAUGGGAGGGGUGCGCCUCUUUUGGAGUUGUUCCAGUUCCUCACCGAGAUUCCGAUAUUUGGCGGGCUUGCAAAGCUACCAGUCUUGCUCGUGCCGCAUAUCUUUCGUGUCCCGAAAAACUUUCUUCUGAUGAAUCAGCUCAGAGAAUGCAUCGAACGUCAGAGUGGGCGUAAGGACUUCCUUACCGCCAUCCUCUCCGCAAAGGACUCGGCAGGCCUGACCCAUGCUGAAAUUCUGAGCAAUUCCGCUCUCUUCGCCAUGGUUGGUUAUGAUACUUCCGCCACAACCCUCUCGGCUCUGUUCUAUCACGUGCUGCGGGAACCUGCCCACUAUCGAAGGAUCCAAGAGGAAGUCCGUGGAACUUACUCGUCGGCCUCAGAGAUCUCGGCGCAGAGCGUACUGCGACUCCCAUACAUGAACGCGUGCAUCCAGGAGACUCUCCGCCUUACGCCGCCUAUCAACGGACGCGGGUCGCAUCGCAUUUCCCCGGGUGCAACGAUCGAUGGGGUUUAUGUACCUAAAGGAGUCAACGUGUCUGCCGACAUCUGGACGAUCCAUCGUAGACCCGAUUACUGGGCGCUUGCGGACAAAUUCAGACCAGACCGGUGGACUGACAACGGCCCGGGAACCCUGUUUGAGCACGAUGUUCGGACGAGCUACCGACCCUUCCUAGUGGGGCCCCGGGUGUGUAUCGGUCGUGAAAUGGCACUGCAAUCCAUCCGUCUGACCGUUGCCAAGAUGGCCUUUACUUACGGCCUGGAAAUGGAGAACAAGAACACUUUUGUAUGGGAGAGAGACGCUGGCAACGACUAUGUCUGGCACGACUACAACAUCUUGGUCAGAAAAUCUGGUUGA